GGAGGGUCUUAUCGACCUGUGGCGGACAAUCGCGCACACUUCUAAGACGCUGGAGCGAUCGAUAUGUAUCCGACAGCCAGUUCGGAAUGAAUCAGAGCCAAUGAUUAGCAGCGAUUCGCCGACAACGCCUACAGCUACGCAGCCCACAACACAAUCAGACCGGUCAUACUACCCACCCACCCCGGCGCAACGUAAACUCCUUACCCUUCUCAAAGCCAUCAGAACCUUUCCCACGACCGACCCCAUGCCUGGUACAAUGGCCGGAACCAGCUAUCAACACCACCCCUCCUUAUCGCCCUACCUCGGUGCUACUGUCUUCUCCUCGUCGUCAUCAUACUAUGGGUCAUCCUUGAGUAGCAACCACAGUGACUGGAGUGGCAUGCUCGCUGAUGACGCGGAAACGCGAAUCGAGUGUAAGAGGGGUAUUUGCUGGGCCGCUCUGCCAUAUUUCCGUGAGGUCAUUGCAGAGAUAUUCCAGGAGGAUGCACCGGGAGAUUGGUUUCGCCGACCAUCGCAAUCGCGGCACACCGCACCUGCACCUGCUAGUACGGAGUCACAGUCGAUAACACCACUUCCUACUGCGAAGUGGCCUGAAGUACUAACAGGCGCGGAGCCCUCACCUCAUUUCUAUUCCACUCACAAUCCUAUUCCUGGUCAGCUCGAAAAGCCCCCGCCAAAAGUCGGCUUCGAGCCUUCCGAAAGUGAAGCCUGGCUCAACCUCACCUCGUUUCUGGCAUUCAUGAGCAAAGAGUCCAUCCUAGAGACCUUGGACGGCGUCGGCCUCGUCAUGAUGGGAUCUGUGCUGGGCAAUGAGGGAAAGGCUCUCUCAGCUUCUGCUUCUGGGAUCGGCAGCCAUUCUCACGGCCAAGGUGUGGAUUGUCCCCCUUAUCCUCAGACUCAACCUGAUAGCUUCACUGGCUGCAUCGUCACCAAACCGUGUCUCGACCUUUACAUCUCGGCCGCAGCCAUCUGGGCCGUUAUCACAGGCGAGGAUAUAUGGAAGCGCAGAGGAGAAGAUGCGGGGAACGAGUUCGUGGUGGGACUGUCAUUAAACGAUGAUGGCAGGACCGGUGACCCAACCAUGUUGAAGAGGACUGCCUCCAUGUCGCUGGGGAGUAGCAGCAGCACAACAGGCGCCACUGCGACCAUGUCUGGUGGCCCGUCAGGCCUGGCACCCACCACACCCGCAAGCAAAGAAGCCAGGGCUAUCCGUAAAGCUAAGGCCGAAGAGCGCACCCCGCGAGACGGCAAGGAUGCUAUCUCCCGCCGGGCGUGGGACGCGUGGAUCGGCCGCCUUCGGGCGGCCAGCUGUCGGGAGGACCUGGCAGCGUCGACUAGGUCAAUCGCUGCAGAGGCGGCGGACGUGAUGUUGAGAGCUUGUGCGUCGUUGGAUACAUAAUCUCCCUAUAUACUAUAAAUAUUCACCAAGUGGGAAGGAGCCCAACUCGUCAGUCACAUGGUCGGGAAAAAUAAUGGAAUAAUCAUACAUAGAUGCUCCAGCAGAGCUUCCAUCAUUUGAGUAAUCUCUCUGUUUAGCCGUGGGCGAUUAACCAGAUUGGGUGAUUCCGUAGGAUCAAAGCACACUGCCACCGCGCUUCGUUCCUUUGAAAGUCCAGAGCCGGACAAGCUGAGUAACCGAAUUGGCUGAUUGGAUUGGAUGUGUCAUGUUAACGGCGGUAGUUCCAAGACCACGAGAGGAGGGACUGCGUUUCCGUGGCUUCCCCGAACCCGGAACCCGGAAGCCAAGAUCAAGCCUGUUGAACACGCCAUUUGGAUGAACUGCGUCGGACUUUCUGGUCUUAUUUCGUUGACAAAAAGCAGUUUCCACUACC